GACCUCAUGCGUAAAUGUUUUUGUUUUCAUUCAUCGCUCAUCAGGCGACCCGAGAAGAAGCUCCGCUCGGAAUAUUUCUUUUUCUGAGAAAGCUUAGUUUUUUGUGUAUCACAGUUUACCUGGUUUUUAUUGCUGGAACGUGAUGAUGGAAUCCAGUGGAAUUGAGGAAUUGGGUGGUGUUAGUCAGCACAUGGAAAACUUGCUAAACAGCAGAUACGGAGCGGAUGUGACGGUCCUCGUGCAAGGAAGACGAUUUGAGACCCAUAAAGCGAUUUUGGCGUCAAGGAGUCCCUAUUUUAAAAAUUUGUUCGGCGACGACCACAAGUCAUCUCCUACGGAGGUGGAGCUCAAAGACACUUACGCGGACUCAUUCAAAUCCGUCCUGUCGUUUUUGUACACCGGCAAGUUGGACACUACGAAAAUGCACGUUUUGCAAUUGAUCGACAUUUUCGGACUCGCCCACCGUCUUCAUCUCGAAGAACUGGUCGAAAGAGUGGAAGAAAUCAUGUUAUCCUCUCUCAAAUUGGAGAAUCUUGUUUCCUUGUGGAAUUGCGUCGAGAAAGUUCGUGAGUUCCUGGCCGCGAAACCCUUGCGAAAAUCGCCUGUUCAGGUAUUCCUUGCCUGCGUGGAUUGGAUCAAAUCCAACAACAUAAAUCAGCCUGAUAUGCUGCUGAAAUACUUGAGUUUCAAGCGAAUGACGGUCAAAGAACUGUUGACCAUAGUCAGACCCACGGGUUACCUUCAAGACAAAACCCUGCUGGACAUAAUCCAAGUUUAUGGUGAAGGGAAGGUCCAAUGGAACCAUGAGAAAGAAGUUGUAGUCGAAUGCACUUCCCGGUUCGAGAACUCCGGGUCGUAUCAGCGGAAGCAAACACAAAGAGCGUCGAAAAUUACCAAAUCCUGCACGUUGAUACAACGAACAAGCAUGAUAACAGGGGCUACUGAGUACCUCGUGACGUGCGAAGAUGACGAGGCAUGUUAA